GGAAUGAAGGAUUGAAGAAGUGAUUGAUGUUAAAUUUGCUGAUUUUUGGAAGAAUCUGAAGAUAUUCUGAUCUCAAUAUUCUGGAUGAAGAAAAAUAAUAAUUUUCAUGAAGUAGAUGCAAUUUUCUUUGACAUAAAAUGUCUAAAAUUACUGACCAUGAUUUAUAUGGGACUAAUUUUUCCAUUGAAUCUAUGAAGGUAAUUGCAGAAAGUAUAGGAAUAGGGUACCUAGCUGAUGAUGCAGCAAAAGAACUAGCUGAAGACAUUUCCUUUCGUCUCAAACAUAUUAUUCAAGAUUCAGCCAAAUUUAUGAAUCAUGCAAAGCGGGUGAAACUAAUGCAAACUGAUGUUGAUGCAGCCCUCAGAAUGAAGAAUAUUGAGCCCCAAUAUGGAUUUCAGUCAACAGAACCCUUACCUUUCAGGUUUGCUUCUGGAGGGGGCAGAGAACUUCAUUUUCUUGAAGAGAAAGAAGUUGAUCUGAAUGAUUUGUUACAAAAUAUAAACCCUAAAGCACCUUUAGAAUGUACAUUACGUCCACAUUGGUUAUGUAUUGAUGGUGUACAGCCAACAAUUCCUGAAAAUCCACCACCGGUUGCCAAAAAUACACAAAAGCUAGAUUCAGUUGAUCCUGUCAAUAAAAAACCAGCUAAAGAAUCUUCUGGUAAACCUACUACUGGCAAACAAAAAUUACGUAAUGUUGAAACUGUACAAAUAAAGCAGCUUGCUACCCAUGAGCUAUCAGUUGAGCAACAGUUGUAUUACAAAGAAAUCACAGAAGCUUGUGUUGGUUCUGAUGAAGCUAGAAGAGCUGAAGCCCUGCAAAGUUUAGCUUCAGAUCCAGGUCUUCAUGAAAUGCUGCCAAGAAUGUGUACAUUCAUCAUUGAAGGUGUCAGAGUGAAUGUGGUCCAGAAUAACCUAGCUUUGCUGAUUUAUCUUAUGAGAAUGGUUAAAGCAAUAUUAGAUAAUCAAUCAUUGUAUCUAGAAAAAUAUUUACAUGAAUUGAUUCCUUCUGUCACCACUUGCAUUGUGUCAAAACAAUUGUGCAUGAGGCCUGAACUAGAUAAUCAUUGGGCAUUGAGAGACUUUGCAUCUAGACUCAUGGCCCAAAUUUGCAAGAACUUCAACACCAGUACAAAUAAUAUACAAACAAGGGUAACAAGAAUGUUCACCAAUGCAUUGCAACAGGAUAAGGUUCCACUUUCAUCACUCUAUGGGGCCCUUCAGGGUUUGUCAGAGCUGGGAACAGAAGUUACUAGGAUAUUUAUACUUCCAAGAGUCAGAAGUAUAGGCGCUCGCGUCGAAUCGCACCUAGAAGGCAACUUGAUCUCCAACAUCGACAAGAUCGCCUCAGGCCACAUCAAGCAGCUCAUGAUCAAGAUCCUGGCGCCCGUCCUGAAAACGCUGCGCACCCCGCCGGACCACGCGGACGACUACAGGCAGGAUUUCGGGUAUCUGGGCGUGGGGCUGCACGCAGCCGUGGUGAAAGCCCGCACGCAGCCGACGCCUGUCACUAGCGCCGGCGCGGGGUCGACCGGGGUGGCCGCCGGGCCGAUAACGUGUGGCGCCGGAGCAGGGAUCGGGAAGACUGCGCCGACGCCGAGCGGGAUCAUUCAACAGCAAAAUCCAAAUGCCGGUCGAACGAUAGUAAUGAACCCUUCGCCAAGAGUCCAAACACCGCAAUCCAACCAGAAGUUCGUCUUCGUGACCCAGCGUUCACAAACACCGAUGGGCACGUCCCAGCAAAACCAACAAACGACAUCCACGGCACAGAAUACAGUCGUGAAAUUCGUCUCGAAUAACCCCAAUCAGAUGCAGCAGAAAAUGCAGCCGCAGCAAAAGUUGGUGAUGAUGUCGAACCAGUCCAAUCAGGGGAGCUUCCAAGGGCAGAAUUUGGGCGGUCAACCGCCGGCUUUGCUGAUUUCUAAGCAGAAUUAUGCCAUGCAGCAGCAGCACCAGCAACAGGUUCAGCCUCCUAUGAUUGACGAUCUUUCUCACCUAUCCUAAUGUAUUUUGAAAAAGAAUCGUGUAUCAG